AUGUGUGGGAUCUAUUUUAGAGAAGGAAAACAGGGAGCUUCACAAAAUCGAACACAAUUUCUACUUCAAGGGAUCGACCUCUAUAUUUCCAGAUUAAGAAAGAUGAGGCGAGAAGAGAAGAUGACAAUAUUUCUAAUCAGGGGUAUGAAAGUAGGACGUUAUAUUCAUGAAAGAAACCUCAACAGGGUAGCAGUGGAGUUCCUCAAGUCGGUAUCACUUUGAUCGUAGGUGGUUCAUGGUAUGAAAGUGAGGAACCAACAGUUGUCAUAAUAUUUGCAUUUUAUUGUAACUUGAGAAUUGUGAUGAGAUGAAAUAGUUAGUUUUGUAGCAUUUCGUUUCAUCUGUAGAUAAUUGACUAAUUUCAUUAAAUUUCUUUUAAAUUAAGCAAUCGUUAUUUUUUUCCUGCUGGAUACUUCAUUAAA